AUGAACGAGUGGUGGCUCAUAACGGCUGCCCACGUCUUUGAGAAUAGGCGAACCCAUGAUUACUUCGUGGUAAGAGUGGGCAAUAAUAAUCACUUGAAUGGAGUGCCAUAUAAUGUGACAAAAAUUGUUUCACACGAAAGUUAUAACAAAUAUAAUUAUAAAGAGUCGGACAUUGCGCUCAUGAAGAUGAGUGAACCGAUUGCAAUGAAACAUUCAAUUCAACCCAUUUGUCUGCCAUCGGUUCCAUACGAAGAACCCUCUAGUGAUGUGGUAGUGGUGGCCGGUUGGGGGCUUUUGAGGUACGAUACAGGAUCUGGUCCAGUUGAUUUACAAGAAGUUAAACUAAAUAUAGAGCCCAUCGAAAAGUGUGCUCAAACUUUUAAGCGCCAAUCUUAUAAGAUAUACAGAUCACAGAUUUGCACAUUAGAUGAAGGAAAGGAUGCCUGUAGUGGAGAUUCCGGUGGUCCGGCAGUCGAUUAUGUGAAUGGGAUUUUAGUCGGUAUCGUGUCAUAUGAUGAAUAUCCCGGUGUUUAUACUAAAAUAUAG